AUGAUAUCAAAAGUUUUCUUAUCUACCACCUUUUUCCUCGCCACGGUGACAUCAUUCGUAGCCGCCGACUACAAUGUAAAUACGCCCGCCUCCGGGGUUACAUGGAAAAAAGGCCAAGAUGUGCAAGUGAAAUGGACUGUGACUAGCAAUACCGACAAGGCUGUAGAUGUACGUCUCGUCUACGGAAACUCGAACAAUCUACAGUUUUUGAGGAAUUUGUGCUCGGAUUUAGAUCCUACUGUUGGCGUUUGCAAUUACAACGUUGCUAGUGAUAUUAAGUCAGAUAUCAAUUACGCCAUUCAGUUAGGAAAAGAUCCGGCACAUUAUGGAUAUUCGUCUUAUUUCACCAUUAUUUCUCAAGGUGAUUUGCCAGAAAAUAAAGGUUGUCCAAACAUGGGCGGAAAUAGCUGUACCUCAACUCUUCCAUGCUGCAGUGGUUCCGGCUAUUGCGGUGCAACAGCUGAUUACUGCGGUACUGGAUGCGAUCCAAAGUACAGUUUCAAUGGUAAAUGUGAAGUUCCUGCAUCUGAGCCAGCAAGUGAUAGUAAGAAAUGUGGCAAUGUCGAAUGCACAUCCGACACUCCAUGCUGUAGUCAAUAUAACUAUUGUGGCUCAACCGAUGAUCACUGUGGUUCCGGCUGCCAAGCAGGCAAAAGUUUCGCCGGCAAAUGUGUUUCAACAAAAGAAACAUCAACGAAAGAAACACAAACUAGUGCACCAACCUCACCAACAACUAGUGUACCAACCUCCCCUAAAACUAAAAAAUGCGGUAACUCUAAAUGCAAUAAGUAUAGCCCUUGCUGUAGCAAGUACAAUCACUGUGGUGCCACCGCUGCUCAUUGUGGUAAAGGAUGCCAACCGGGUAAAAGCUUUGCUGGUACCUGCAUCAAGAGCAAAAUAGUAAAACGAGCGCCAAGAAGAAAUUUACAUCGAAUUAAUUAUGAUGGCAAACUCCUUGAUGACACAAACGUCGGAAUCAGCGUUAGCGACAAUAGUGACAACAACAGCAGUGGCAAUAAUUAA